UCUGACUACUUCUCCAUAUGGGUCGGCAACGUAGAUUUUGGGGCUACAUUGAAGGGUUUGAAUAAACACUUUGAACAAUGUGGUGUCAUUGUGAGAACAAAAAUUCUACGAGACAAAUUUAGCGGCAAGCUUAAGGGUUUUGCAUACAUUGAGUUUUCGGACGUUGUGUCUAUUGACUUAACCCUAAAACUGAAUGACUCACUAUUUUGCGGAAGACAAAUUAAAGUUACGGCGAAGAAAACCAACAUACAUGUACUGUCAACUACAGACAGAAAACCGAGAGGAAGAUAUGCGAAAAGUUCUCGUGACGAAAAAUCCUCU